AUGGCUCAUACAUUUAAUUCAGGAAAUCCAUCAACCUUAUCUGUUAAUUCUGCUCCAAAAUGUUGUAGUCCGCGUCCAAGUGGAGAUAGGUUAACAUUAGUUGUAGAUGAUACUAGAUUUGUCGUAGAUCCAGAAUUAUUUCGUGCUCAUCCAGAAACAAUGUUAGGAAGAAUGUUUACUACGUCACUUGAGAACAAUUUUACUCGUCCAAAUGAAAGAGGUGAAUUUGAAGUAGCAGAUGGUAUUGCAGCACCAGUUUUCCGUUCCAUUUUGGAGUACUAUCGUACUGGUAUAGUACGUUGUCCACCAAGUACCCCAGUUAACGAACUACGUGAAGCCUGUGAUUAUCUUCUCAUUCCAUUUGAUGCUGAUACUGUCAAAUGCCAGAAUCUUCGUGGAUUUCUUCAUGAACUAUCGAAUGAAGGAGCCAGACAACAAUUCGAACAUUUUGUAGAAGAUUUGAUUUUACCUGUAAUGGUACAAUGUGCUCAACAUGGUGAAAGAGAAUGUCAUAUAGUAGUGUUAGCAGAAGAUGAUUUGGUAGAAUGGGAUGAAGAUUUCCCUCCUCAAAUGGGAGAAGACCAAUCUCAAAUAAUAACCAAUAACCAUAUGUGUAGAUUUUUUAAAUAUGUAGAAAAUAGAGACGUAGCUAAACAAGUUUUAAAAGAAAGAGGAUUAAAGAAAAUUAGACUUGGAAUAGAAGGAUAUCCAACGUACAAAGAGAAGAUCAAAAGAAGACCCGGUGGUAGACCAGAAGUUAUUUAUAAUUAUGUCCAAAGACCAUUUUUCAAGAUGUCAUGGGAGAAAGAAGAAGCUCGAAGUAGACAUGUUGAUUUUCAAUGUGUAAAGAGUAAAUCAUUCACUAACCUAGCUGCAGCUGCUGAUACACCUUCAACAGAACAGAGUAUAUUUCAACAAGAACAAGAUGGAACCAUCAACGUAAUUCCACCUCAACCUUCCCCUUCAGAACCUUAUCCUGAUGUACAAAUACCACCUGAAGGUGAUGCUGAAUAA